GAAUGCUGGGAUUACAGGCAUGUACCACUACACCCAGCCUAAAGGUUUCUUAUAAAAUGCAGUGCCUCAUCCGUUUGUGUCUGGCUCAGAGUCUGGCAUACACUGUGUGUUCAGGGAGGCUAGAAUGAGAUAAUGCAUGUGAAAGUGCACUUUGUAAACCAUGAACCACCACGAAUCCAAGGAAUCUAUUUAAAACUUAUUCAAAGGCGUGGCAAUUUUUUGCAGCUUCUCCUCUACUUUUCUGCUGCAGGAAGGACCAAAGGGAAGGAAUGCCAGUUAGAAUGGGGUGAAGGGCCCUUUUCCGGGGCCAAGCUAUUAACCCACAGAAGAGUUAGCAGCCCCUGGGCUCCUACCCCAAAGAGGUGGUUCUAGAGGAAGCACAGGGUGGUAUCCGAUUGUGCCGGCCAGGGCGGCCAGGCCAGUUCUCCGUAGCUUGUGCCCUUCUGACUCACCCUUUGGUCCCAGGGGCUGAGUAACUUUCCAGUUUUAUGAUUGUGGAAACUUGUUUCAGGAACAGCGGACGCGGAAGGGACAAGAGGCGACCCCACCCCAGGCUCCAGAGUGGCUCUUCCUGGAGCCAAGAUCCCUGCUCCUGUGCGCAGUCUUAAAUCACCGCGUGUCCCGGGGCGGCCAAGGGCGCGUCCAGUCCCCGGCCCUCUCACAGCUGGCUAAGCAAAGCCCUUUCCCAAAAGGAAGAGGUGGUUGUCAUUGCUCAUACAGCCUCCAGCAGCUUCUCUCCACCCCGGCUCUUUGAUGGCCGGUCCUGAUCAGCCGGGGGCCCAGGAUUUCGCGCCUCCUGCGGGGCCGAUUCACGUGGACCCCUUUGCUUUCUGCCCGGGCCCAAGCGUUUACAGCCCCAGGGCCUCGCUCGGGCGGGCGGGUCCGCGCCUUCACACGUGGCCGCCCACAGUCCCUCCUGUUUACUGCGCUUUGGCCGCCACGUGCCCAAUAAAGCCGCGAUACAGACGCGGUCACGCGCCCGCCGGGCCCGCCCCUGGCCACUCCCGCCGUGGAGGGGCUGCCGGGCGGCCGAGGAGCGGUUCCGGGUUCGGAGAAAGAACAACUCCAUCUAAGGCGAAAGGGCGGAAGGGCGGUCGGAAGGGGGCGAAGGAGCCCGGAGCGGGCCGCCCGCCGCAUGCCAGCUCUCCGGCCGUGUGCCUGGCAUACAGCAGGCGCUCAGGCAGAAGCGGCGAUGGUUGGGCAGCGGGGGUAGCCGACACCCCAGGCUUGCUGCCUGCAGUCCAAGGAACAGGUCUACAUUCGCCCCUGAGUGCUGACAAAGACUCCCAGCCGCUCCCAGCGUCCCUCUACUCGCCAUUGGGGGGGAGUGGCUCCUCGAGCUCACCUCAUUGGCUCGUUAUGUGAUAGACAGGGCCACCAGCCAACUGCAGUCCAGGUAGGACGCAUGUGUUCUCAAGACUUAGCGCUCGUGUGGGAAACACCAAUCCAAGGAACCAAUUUACGGCCAGUUUCCGGGGCUGCGCAUGCGUGAGUCUCCUGUUCUCCCGCGGCCGGCUAGAGCUGAGCAAGUUUGAGCGCUUUGUACGGGGGGUGGUGUACUUGGGCCACUGGUGCCUGUCAUUGCCACAUCUGGGCCCGGCUACCGCGGAGAUGCGGGAGAAGCCGAGAAUUUCGGCCACGGGGGGCGAUGCGACUGUCCCUAUACACAACCCGCGAGGUCCUGAGCUUCGUCUUUGCAGUGGACCCUAAUUCGGGAGCACGCGUGAUAACCCGUUCUCGGGGAAUUUCUCACCCUCCACGUGGCAUCUGACGCAGAGGGACACUGAGGCGCAGGAAGGUGGUGUUCGAGGACACCUGCAGGCCACAUCUCCGUGCAGCUGUAUCUUGGGGUGGUGACACUGACCCUAAGGGAAGGCACAGGCACAGUUUACCAGAAAGAAUGUGACUCAUAUACUCAAAAACAUUGCAGAGUGGGAGCAAUCACUGUGUCCCUGUGAUCUGAGACGGCUGCGGGUGUGAUGGCACAGGCCUGUAUUCCCUGCACUCUGGGAAGAAAUCGCAAUUUCGAGCCCAGUGUGGACAACUUAGCAAUUUAGGGAGACCCUGUCUCAAUGGUAGGCAGCUGGGAUGUAGCUCAGUGCAAAGGCCAGGGGAUCAAUCCCCACUACCACACACACACACAAAAAAAAACGAGCAAAACCCCCCGCAUAAUUGUGGUGUGCAAGUCUUAACAUAUUUAAUGAAAAAAGAAAUCCUAAAACACUUCAAACUUUUGAAACGAUUUAUUUAUCUUUGAGACAGGGUGUUGCUUUGCACUGCAGG